AUGUGCGAUCUUUGUCGAUGUCUUCAAAAAUUUUCACUCAUACCAAUUGGAUAUACGGAUCAACAAGCUUUUGAACGACUUUAUCGAUUGUUUGAUGCACAAAAUCGAAAUCAAAAACAUGAUGGUAGCAUUGAUUUUGUUACUUUUAUGAUUGUAUCGAAUGUUCUCGAACGUGGUACAGCAACACAAAGAAUAAUUUUAUAUUUUCAAUCUUUUGAUGUAAAUAAUGAUCAAAUUAUAACACGUGAUGAUCUAGAAGCAUGUUUACCACCAACAGUUGAGUCUCGACAAUUAAUUCAACAAUUACUCAGACAAUGGGAUAUGAAUAGAGAUGGUGUAGUUACUCUAGAAGAUUUUCAACAAUAUGUUAUGACCAAUCCAGAAUUAUUGCCAAUGUUUGCUGAUCCCAAUGAAAGAGUUCGAAUGAGUAGUGUUACUAUUGAAUCAUCAACCGAUAAUAAUCGAUCUGCCGAUAUUUAUAAUAUUAAUCGUGGAACUUUUGCAAAAUCUCAAUAA